UAAUUGUAUUUUGUCGCUUCAUAUUAUGAGCACGUUUCAUAACAGCGCCACAACAAGCAAAGAAGACUGCCACUAUUGCGCAUGUGCAACCGUCGCUCGCACUGCACUUCAUGGAGCGUAACAACAUGAUUUCUAGAGCUGUGUGAUGCUGGACAUGAACCUCCAAGUGUAAGAUGAAGAAGAAGACCAAGCUUGUGUAGAAGCGGCACCUGCGUUCACAUCUGUGUAUCUAACUGAUAUUUUGAGUAGGCAUGCCAGCGUACCGAUGGCCUGGUGCUCCACAGCCACCGGCAUACCAGUCGCCUCCAGCCUAUCCAGGCUACCCUUCUCCUCCAGGGUACCCACCUGCUCAACCAGCCUACCAAGCACCAGCAGCCUAUCGGGCUCCUCCGCCGUCUACCCCCGAUCUUCUCUCCGGCCUCAGUUCGGAGGGCCCCGCAGAAGUUACGGCGGACAACUUCGAUGACAUCCCACAGCAUAUUCAAGUCAACCCAAGAUACGUCGCCACUCCUCAAGGGGUGAUCACAAUUCUCGAAACGAUUAUGGCAACCACAUCAAUGCUGCUAUACCUGCUGAUGGCAAGCAGAGUGACUUAUCAGUGGUACGCUCAUAUGUGCUUCAUGUUGGCGUUCACCUACACCCUCAACAACAUGCUCAUCAUCAUUGCUGGCAUGUCAUCGCCAUCUACACAACUCUACCUUCCGCAGACCGCCUUCUACGUUCUGUUCCACCUGAUGGCUGGUCUCAUCUACGUCGUGAUGGGCGCUCUCCUUCACUUAUGGGACAACGACGACGACCUACCCUUGCGAUUCGUUGCAGGCGUAAGGUGCUCUUGUCGAACCUCCUGUUCAAGUUCCUACGCAGAAAUCAUAGAGGUCGGCGAUAGGGGGGUAGAGCCGGGCCCCAUCAGGUUCAACAGGGGUGUAGCAGAGGAUUGCUGGGGAGCACGUGCAGCGACGUUGGCCAAUUCCAGCUUAUAGCAACAUCCAUGGGUGUGCUCCACUUGUUUCACACGCUGGUCAACAUCAUCGGGUGACGCAGCAGUCUCUCAGUGUUCUCUUCCACGAAUAAAGCAGCACUGACUGAAGAUUUACACAAGUAUUAUAAUUACGUCGGACGAUGAAAGCACUGCAAAAUAUACUGCUCUCGAGCACGAGUAACGAUAACCAUUUUUAGCUCGUGUUUAUUCGAAGACAUCCCACGCUGCGAUUCACGCAAAAUAUGCAAUUAUUGCAGCUUAGAUAGUCUGGAACCGCGUUUUCGAGACAUUCUGCAUUGAUUGUCAAUAAAAGCAUAUUAUUUCAGCAUUA